UUUGUUGUUAAAGGUACGGAUAGGGUUGCGAUGGGGAUAACUAAGCUAGCAGAUUUGAUCCGAUUUGAAGCUCCCGGGGCGAUUUCUCACAAAGAUGUCAGUGACUACACAGGCAAGGUCAUUGCCUUGGAUACAUCAAUCGUGAUGAACCAGUUCCGUGCCGCAACACCGUCACUGAACCCAUUGACUGGCCUCUUCUUUCGCACUCUGACUUUCCUGGAACAUGACAUAAAGCCCGUGUUUGUGUUUGAUGGAAGACCUCCCGGAGAAAAGAUUGCUGCUCUUCAGAAACGAGCUGAGGCAGCAGGUUGGCGCUCCCCCAACCAUUUGGGCACAGCAUCACUCCAAACAAAAGACAGUUUCCAUCUCCUGAAGCUUCUGGGUGUACCUGUGAUCCAAGCUCCAGGAGACGCUGAGGCCCUUUGUGCUUGGCUGGUGAGAGAGAGGACUGCAGAAGCUGUGGCAUCAGAGGACAUGGACACGUUGCCAUUUGGGGCUCAUGUUCUGAUUCGCCAGCUAAAUGCCAAGAAAGACAGUGACAUAGUGGAAUAUUCUUUACCCAUGUUGUUGGAGAAGCUCCAACUAACUCACAAAGAGUUUGUUGACCUGUGUAUCUUGUUGGGAUGCGACUACUGUGAUAAGAUCGCAGGGUUCGGUCCAAAGAGAGCUCUGAGACUCAUCCAGAAGUACCGCACCAUUGAAAAUGUCGUUUUGCAUAUCAACAAACAGACAUAUCCAGUGCCAAAUAACUGGAAAUACAAAGAGGCACGAAAGUUAUUUUUGGAUGCACCACACACAGAAAUACCAGAGUUGAUAUGGACUGAGCCAGAUGAAGAAGCUUUGGUUGGGUUCUUCUGCCGCACCACAUAUGUCAAGGAGGAAAGAAUCCGUCAUCGCAUGGAGAGAUUCCGACAGAUUCGGGAGAGUAAGCGAAAGCAAAGGGAAACGGAGAUCACAGCAGGACACAGCAGGCAAACUCGGAUGGAUGACUUUUUCAGAGUUCUUAGAAAGAGGGAGCAGCCUGUUGAAGCUGGGGACUGUGGAAGCAGCAACAGAAAGAAACCAAAAUUGAAAUGACACCAUCAAACAUGGAUGGAAGUUGGUUGUACAUCUAUAUGCUUUUACAGAACUCUCACAAUCAUGUAUAACCCAUUUAGUUUUUUUAUGCAAACAUUUUUUCCAAUGUAAAAAAAAAUGUCUGUGUUUUUUUUUAAUGCCUUGCAAGGCAACCAUUUAACCUUUUUAAUUAUUACUGUUGUUGUCAUGCUCUUUGAAAUACUUUCUAACAGCUGUUGAUUAUGUAGGUAAAAAAAUAAUCAUUUUGAAAACCUGUGAAUUGAGGGUUCUUGUUCUGCGUGUGAUCAGCUUUCUUGUCUGAGUGCUAAAAUGCCAUUCACAAUGAAUAUCAUUAAGUCCGGCAUAAUCAAGAAAGACAGAGCAAACAGUGGGUCGCUAUGAAAGAGGCCAGUGUGAUCUCUGUCAGGGUUGCUUCCACCAAGCCCAAAAGAGACAGGGGAUGUCUCAUCACAAGGUAUUCAAGUAGCACCUGUUGUGAAAUCUGUGCCAAGGCGCAGACCACAGACUUGAAUUACGCUGGUGGAUUUUUGAAAAAGACUAUAACUGAGAUGUGUAAAAGAAAAUAAGUGUUUUGUAAAUACUCAUUUAUCUGGAUUAAACAUUGUUUAAAUACUGUCAAUAAAAUUAA